CUCAAAGGGGGCGUAACGUUUUUGAGACUAUUUUUAGUGUCACAGUAAAUAAUAAUAAUUAAUAAAAAUAUACUCGUUAAAAUAAUAUGAGAAAUUAGUUGGAAAAAAUAAUAAAGAUAUUGUUUUUUCAAUUUUUGUGUUAAUAAAUAGAGAAAAAAGAUGGGUGUUGACAAAGCCGCUCCUCCCGCAGUCGAAGGUAAUGCACCAUCGAAAAAAGCUUUAAAAAAAUCAAUGAAAGAGGCCGAGAAAGCAGCUAAAAAAGCGGAACAUGCGGCAAAACGUGCGGAACAAGAACCGGUUACAAAUGAAGAGGACGUGUCUAAGGAACGAUAUGGAUUUUUAAAAAUGAUUCGAAGUGAAGAGUCACACGCGGAGAGAAAAUAUGUUGAUAUUAAAGAAUUAAAUUCAAAACGUGUUGAUCAAAUUGUUUGGUUACGUGGUCGUUUACAUACGAGUCGAGCAAAAGGAAAACAAUGUUUCAUUGUUAUAAGGCAACAAUCAUAUACGGUACAAGGUCUUGUGGCUGUUAACGAAAAAAUUAGCAAGCAAAUGAUUAAAUUUAUCUCAAACAUCACUAAGGAAUCGAUAAUCGAUGUAGAAGCGCGUGUUGUGACUGUUCCAUUAAAAAUUGAAUCAUGCUCGCAAAACGAUUGUGAAGUUCAUAUUGAACAAAUUUUCGUUGUUAGUGCAGCAGUGCCACAACUUCCAUUGCAAAUUGACGAUGCUGCGCGACCCGAGGGCGAUGAAUCGGGACCCGCAAUAAAAGUCAAUCAAGACACAAGAUUGGACAAUCGUGUUCUUGAUUUAAGAACGCCGGCAAAUCAGGCAAUAUUUCGAGUCGAGGCAGGAGUUUGUAAAUUAUUUCGCGAUAUUCUCGAUAAAAAGGGUUUUGUGGAGAUUCACACGCCAAAAAUGAUUUCAGCGGCGAGUGAAGGCGGUGCUAAUGUGUUUACUGUUUCAUAUUUCAAAGGCUCAGCUUAUUUAGCGCAAUCACCUCAACUUUAUAAGCAAAUGGCAAUUGCUGCCGAUUUCGAUCGUGUUUACACAAUUGGCGCAGUUUUCCGAGCUGAGGAUUCAAAUACUCAUCGACAUUUAACGGAAUUUGUUGGCUUAGAUUUAGAAAUGGCAUUUAAACAUCAUUAUCAUGAAGUUGUGGAUGUUAUUGGACAAAUGUUCACCGAUCUUUUUAGAGGACUUCGUGACAACUACGCCGACGAAAUUGCGGCCGUCAAUCAACAAUAUAAAGUAGAACCAUUCAAAUUUUUGGAUCCACCAUUAAAACUGGAAUUUUCAGAUGCAAUUAAAUUACUCGCGGAGGCUGGUGUCAAACUUGGUGAGGAAGACGAUUUAUCAACACCCGACGAGAAACUUCUUGGAAAACUCGUCAAAGCGAAGUACGACACUGAUUUUUACAUUUUGGACAAAUAUCCACUUGCUGUUAGGCCAUUUUAUACAAUGCCCGAUCCAAAAAAUCCGAAAUCUUCCAAUUCAUACGACAUGUUUAUGAGAGGCGAGGAAAUAAUUUCCGGAGCUCAAAGAAUUCACGAUUCACAAUUUUUGACUGAGAGAGCAAAACAUCACGGAAUUGAUAUUGAAAAAAUAAAAUCAUAUAUUGACGCUUUUCGUUAUGGAUGUCCACCACAUGCUGGAGGUGGAAUUGGAAUGGAACGUGUUGUAAUGUUAUAUCUUGGAUUAGACAACAUAAGAAAAGUUUCAAUGUUCCCCCGUGAUCCAAAACGUCUUACGCCAUAAAGUUUUUUUUAAAAAUUUUUUUUUCAUGGACAUUUAAAAACGCAAAUUUAUAUACUUUUGAAAAAAUAAAGUUGUGAAAUAAUUAAA